UGCGCCCUGGGCGGGAGGUCGGCGCCCGCCUGCCCGCGGCCUUCCGCGUCGCGGUGGGGCUGGCUCGGCGGCCGCUGCGGGAUGGAGCUGCUGGGCGGCGGUGGCCGAGGCCCGUGCGCGGACCCACAGGGCACCUUCGUGCUGGGCAACCUGGCGGAGGUGGUGGAGCGCGUCCUCACCUUCCUGCCCGCCAAGGCGCUGCUGCGGGCGGCCGGCGUGUGCCGCCUGUGGAGGGAGUGUGCCCGCCGGGUGCUGCGGCUGCAGCGCGGCGUGACCUGGGUCUCCGCGGGGCUGGCGGGCGCGGGCCGCCGGCAGGACCACUGCUUGGUGCGCGCGCUGGCGGAGGAGCUCGAGCAGAAUGUUCACAUCUUACCACAGACAGUUCUUUAUAUGGCUGAUUCAGAAACGUUCAUUAGUCUGGAAGAGUGUCGUGGCCACAAGAGAGCAAGGAAAAGAACUACUAUGGAAGCAGCAUUUGCCCUUGAGAAGCUAUUCCCAAAACAAUGCCACAUCCUUGGGAUUGUGACCCCAGGAAUUGUAGUGACUCCAAUGGGAUCAGGUAACAAUCGACCUCAGGAAAUAGAAAUUGGAGAGUCUGGCUUUGCUCUAUUAUUCCCUCAAAUUGAAGGAAUAAAAAUACAACCCUUUCAUUUUAUUAAGGACCCAAAGAAUUUAACACUAGAAAGACAUCAACUCACUGAAGUAGGCCUUCUAGAUAACCCUGAGCUUCGUGUGGUCUUGGUAUUUGGCUAUAAUUGCUGUAAGGUGGGAGCCAAUAAUUAUCUGCAGCGCGUUGUCAGCACUUUGAGUGAUACGAAUGUCAUAUUGGCUGGAGGCCAGGUGGAUAACCUGGCAUCGCUGACUUCUGACAAACAGCCUCUGGAUAUUGACGCCACUGGAGUGGUUGGACUGUCAUUUAGUGGACACCGAAUCCAGAGUGCCACGGUGCUCCUCAACGAGGAUGUCAAUGAUGAGAAGACCGUUGAGGCUGCGAUGCAGCGCCUCAAAGCUGCCAACAUUCCAGAACGGAAUACCAUUGGCUUCAUGUUUGCAUGUGUUGGCAGGGGUUUUCAAUAUUAUAGAGCCAAGGGGAAUGUUGAAGCUGAUGCAUUCAGAAAGUUUUUUCCUAGUGUUCCUUUAUUUGGCUUCUUUGGAAAUGGAGAAAUUGGAUGUGAUCGCAUAGUCACUGGGAACUUUGUAUUGAAGAAAUGUAAUGAGGUAAAGGAUGAUGAUCUGUUUCACAGCUACACAACAAUAAUGGCACUGAUUCAUCUUGGGUUAUCUAAAUAAAGCCGCCUGUAAAGUGGCUUUCACAAUAUAUGACUUUCCGGCUCUGCCUUUCCUAGAAAAUGGAAACAGAUGUGUAUUUCAAAAAAGAAACAAAACAAGAACAACUUUAUAUGUGUAUCAGUUUUGUAGCUUUGAAUCUCUAAAGAUUAUAUUAGGGGUGGUUUUUAAUAAGUCUGGUGAAGGACAGCUUUGUAUAUAACAUACCACAAUCAGAAUUGGAAGCUUUUGCAUCAUGCACAGUCCUAACCGACGAUGGCUGUAUUGUACCAGAUUAUGUAGCUGCUGUGUAAUGUGAUUUUAUAGUCUUCCUAUAGCAUAGGAAGAUUGAGAGAGGAUUCAUCAGUAGGAUGAAGAUUUAAGACAUUCCAUGACUACCUCUGCAUUGUUAGAUCUUUUAGUAAAAUCAUGAAGACCUUUUUUUUCUCCCUUACUGAAGGAGAAAAAUACAUGGAUAGCUUGAGAAAUCUUUCUCUGCUUUACGGUUUUGCCUAUUUUUUCAGAAGCUGUAACAAAUUGCUGACUUUUUACUUAUUUGAUAAAAAUUAAAUAACUAUUUUUGUUCUAGUGCCCUGAAGUUGCUUAGUCAAAUAAUUGCCAAGACUAAUCAAUAUUUUAUUACUUUAUAAGGAAAAAAUUUUCCUUUUCCCUCAGUGAAGAAAUUCUAAGAGAAAAUCCUUUUCUUCACCUAGUUCUAUAUAGCUGACAAUUACAUCACCUUAUUUUGGUUUUAUACCAAUAAAACCUACCUUGGAAACUCA